AUGGGAUGGGUCAAACUCAUGCUCGUCUGCCAACGGUGGCGCGCCAUCGGGCUCACCACCCCAGCUCUAUGGAGAAUCAUCCCAAUCACAGCGAAUACUGAGGCCUUGGAGUAUCGGCUUGGGCAGGUCGAGGCGUGCCCGUUCGAUCUCAUCGUCCACCACACGGCCGCAGCCAACAGCGAGGCCGUCCCACUCCUCCUCCCCCAAAUCCACCGCAUGCGCUCGAUCUCGUCUGGCCAUGACUUCCGUUUCGACGUUCUCGACUCCAUCCGCCCGAUCCUCAGCGCACCUAUGCUCCCGGCGCUUGACAGACUUGAUAUCGUGCCGACUUGGUCGCCUUCUACUCCGGAGUACGAAGUGGAGGUCGGUCUGGAGGACGCCAUUUGGUCUCCUUUGCGUCACGUCCGAUCCUUCGGCAUUUUUCUUCCGUGCGAAGCCUGGUUCUGGCAAAACCUGUGUUCUCUCGAUCUCGUGGUGGACUUCUACAUCGUUAUAGACGACAGCAGAUUUGCGUACGACAUCCUCGGUUAUCUCAGCUGGACGAAGACGCUCCGGAAACUGCGUGUG